AUGGCCAAGAAGAAGCACAUCGACACACCGUACAAGGCGGCAUCAGCUCGCACGUCCAAAUCGAACAAGAAGAAUCUCGCUCAGAACCGCGACAGACACAUGAGGUCGGCACAGAACCACACGCGCGCGUCGCCGCUGUCUUCGUGGUUCAAGGCAUACGCCAAGGAGUGGACGAUCGUCGACGGCGCAGACAUGGACAGCAUCGUCGAUCACCUGGUGAAGGCCAAGCACCUCAGCGUCGGCACAGAGGGCCAGUGGACGGCAGUGCCGCGCAAGCGCCGGGAUGGUACGAACGAGAACUCGCACUUCGCCGGCAUGGAGAAGAUCUGGGAAUCCGUGCUCAACGCCGCCGAGGAGGUUUUGCCAGACCGCUUCUCGCGCGACAAGCGCACGCUCAAGUUCUCCUGUCGGCCCAACAACGAGACCUACUCGGAGGUCAAGGGCGGGUCGGCGCGCGUCGAUGCGAUCAGCCAGCUCUGCGAAUCGUCGUACCCGACGAAUACGCAGUAUGCGCUCCCGGGAAGCGCAAAGAAGGCGCCGCUCAGGUACAACGCGGACGCCGCGACCGCCGGGGACGACGCCGACCUUGGCCAGCAGGCGGUCGUCUUCACGGCCGACGUGGCCGUCACAUACGAGUGGAAGUUGGAGCAGAAUGCCGAGGCGAUCGCGAACAACGACGCACAGACGAUAGGCGCGACCGGCCACAUCAUGUUCAACGACGUAACGAGAGCCUGGCAUUACUCUGUCACCAUAGAGAAGGCGAGCGUGCGGCUGUGGUGCCACUCGCGCGGGCAUACUGGCAUGUCGAAGCGCUUCGACAUGCAUACGGCGCCUCGAGAGCUCAUCCACUUCAUCCUCUUCUCGACGUACUCUACCAAAAAGCAGCUCGGCUUCGAUCCUAGGACGACGCGUGUCAUCGACGACAAGGGCCAGCUGCAGUAUCGGUUCACGGUCAGGAGAAUCGACUCCGAUGACCCGGACGACCAGUACCUCGUCUGGCAGACGACAAGAAUCCUCGACGAACGGAGCGCAGGCGAGCUUUACUCCCGCGCGAUGCGCGUCUACGCCAUCAAACCCGUCGGGGAGGACGGCAAGGUAGUCCAAGGUGCUCGGGAGCGCGUCAAGCGCGAUUUCUGGGUCUUCGCGCACACGAAGCAGGAGAAGGUCAUCCAGCAGGAUAUCCUCAAGAAGAUCGCUGCAAGUCUCGAGCCCGGCGAGGAUCUCCACGACAUCGAGCAGCACUUCAUGCGGUUCCUGACGGACGAAAUCGUCGCUGAGGCCCCGCCUCCCCCCGCGGAUUCCGAACGGUACUGGUUCGCUGAUAGGCGCAACCCUGCGGGGAAGCAGUCGUCCAAAGCCCGCAUCACGAACAACUCUCUGCGUUCCGAGGCGGGCGAGGGCGGCCCCUCCGGAUCCGAGGAUGAGGACGAGGAUGAGGAUGAGGAGCUCGAGCUGCACGGCAAAGUUCGCAUUGAAUCCAUAUACGACGAGCUAUGCGAGGAUAUGUACCACGUGGACGAUCCGGCCGAGUACUUCUAUGCGCUCAGCAUAUGCGUCAAGAUCCUCUCUUAUCUGCGCCGCGCUGGGUAUCUUCACCGAGACAUCAGUCCGGGGAAUUUUCUGCUCUAUUUCCUCGCGCGCCAGGCGACGGCCGUCUCGAAGCGCUUUGUCAUCAAGAUUGCCGAUCUGGAGUAUGCGAAGGAGUAUUUGACUGUCUCUCGGCACGACCCCAUCACUGGAACCGCACAAUACAUGGCCGUCGAGGUUCAAUCGCGUUCGCACCUCCUUGUACCGCUCGAGCAAGUCCUUGUCCCCGCGACAGAUUUCUUCUCGUACAACCCAUAUCAUGACCUGGAAUCUGUCAUGUGGAUGGCGUUGGCAUUCGUUAUGUCCCGUAUGUCUCUGACAAUUCUUCGCGAGGAGAAUUGGCAAGAUCUCGCGGACGCUGUGGCUGGCAUGGCCUCGGAUGCCGCACGUGUCUUCGUGAAUAACAUUUGUGGAUCAUCGGCCCGCAACGCACUCGUCACCGAAUCUGGCCCAAAAGUGGAUUUGCAGGAGAAUCUAGAGUCUCUAUAUGGCGAGGCCUCACCGGUCACCACGCUGCCAAAUCUUCUUCAAGAUAUCUGGCUUGCGUAUUCCGCGCUUCAGAGCAAAUCCGCGAAGCAUGUCACCAAUAAUCGAUACAACCUCAGCUGCUUCGACGACCGACUGUAUCGCAAGCUGCGCGUCGGCUUCGAGACUAUCAGCAACCACUUCGUCGAAAGCGCAGAGCCUCUUGUGCUGCUGUCACAGAUCGAUCGCACUACCGGUAACUUGAUCCCUGAUCAUGGGACACUCAAGAAAGGUGGUAAAGCGAAGGUGGCUUCCCAGGCUUGUACGGUAUCAUUUGCGACGAAGCGCAAGGCCGACGAGCCGCCUGCUACUGCGCAGCCUUCCGAAGCCAAACGUUCUCGAUCUCGUUGACAUGGCCACGAAUAUCUCUCACCAUGUGUGUAACAGACUUCGAGUCCUUGUUCAGAUACAUCCUGGUCUCCUAAUUGUAUACUUGUUUACUGCUCGCAUUUAUUUUCUACUUGCGAUUGAUAAUAGGAAGGUCACCCUCAGUGCGUUCCGCGUAAGAAUGUGUCCUGUCUUCAGACGGAAAGAUGAUAGGGAAGGCACCAUUGACACACCUAUGUCUCUGCCCUGCUGAUGAUCCCG